AGUCCAAGAGACACGUGAGGCGCUGCUACGUCAUCACAGGCACGCGCAGGAAACAUGGCGGUAGCGGGUGUUGUGAGCGGGAAGGUUAUAUAUGAACAGGAAGGGGUCUGUAUUCACUCAUCUUGUGGAAAGACCAAUGACCAAGACAGUUUGAUUUCAGGAAUAUUGCGUAUUUUAGAAAAGGAUGCUGAAGUAAUAGUGGACUGGAGACCGUUGGAUGAUGCGUUAGAUUCUUCUAGUAUUCUUUAUGCUGGAAAGGACUCCAGUUCUGUUGUAGAAUGGACCCAGGCCCCAAAAGAAAGAGUUCAUCGAGGAUUGGAACAUCUGAACAGUUACGAAGCAGAGUGGGACAUGGUUAAUACAGUUUCAUUUAAAAAGAAACUACAUACCAAUGGAGAUGCUCCAAGUCAUAGAAAUGGGAAAAGCAAAUGGUCAUUCCUAUUCAGUUUGACAGACCUGAAAUCAGUCAAGCAAAACAAAGAGGGUAUGGGCUGGUCGUAUUUGGUAUUCCGUCUGAAGGAUGAUGUCGUGCUCCCUGCGCUGCACUUCCAUCAAGGAGAUAGCAAACUGCUGAUUGAUGCUCUUGAAAAAUACGUGGUCUUGUGUGAAUCUCCACAAGAUAAAAGAACACUUCUUGCGAAUUGUCAGAGUAAGAGUCUUUCGCAGUCUUUUGAAAAUCUUCUUGAUGAACCAGCAUAUGGUUUAAUACAAGCAGGACUGCUAGACAGAAGAAAGCUGUUGUGGGCCAUUCACCAGUGGAAAAAAAUUAAAAAGGAUCCUUAUACAGCAACUAUGGUAGGAUUUUCCAAAGUCACAAACUACAUUUUUGAUAGUUUGAGAGGCAGCGAUCCCUCUACGCAUCAACGACCACCUUCAGAAAUGGCAGAUUUUCUUAGUGAUGCUAUUCCAGGUUUAAAGAUAAAUCAACAAGAAGAACCAGGAUUUGAAGUCAUCACAAGAAUUGAUUUGGGAGAACGACCUGUUGUUCAGAGGAGAGAGCCAGUGUCUCUGGACGAAUGGACUAAGAACAUGGAUGCUGAAGGAAGAAUUUUAAAUGUAGACAAUAUCAAGCAGAGGAUAUUUAGAGGGGGACUUAGUCAUGUGUUGAGAAAGCAAGCAUGGAAAUUUCUUCUGGGUUAUUUUCCUUGGGACAGUACCAAGGAGGAAAGAACUCAAUUACAGAAACAAAAAACUGAUGAAUACUUCAGAAUGAAGUUACAGUGGAAAUCUGUCAGCGAGGAACAAGAGAAGAGAAAUUCAAGGUUAAGAGAUUAUAGAAGUCUUAUCGAAAAAGAUGUUAACAGAACAGAUCGAACAAACAAGUUUUAUGAAGGCCAAGAUAAUCCAGGGUUGAUUUUGCUUCAUGACAUUUUGAUGACCUACUGUAUGUAUGAUUUUGAUUUAGGAUAUGUGCAAGGAAUGAGUGACUUACUUUCCCCUCUUUUAUAUGUGAUGGAAAACGAAGUGGAUGCCUUUUGGUGCUUUGCCUCCUACAUGGACCAAAUGCAUCAAAAUUUUGAAGAACAAAUGCAAGGCAUGAAGACCCAGCUAAUUCAGCUAAGUACCUUGCUUCGAUUGUUGGACAGUGGAUUUUGCAGUUACUUAGAAUCUCAGGACUCUGGAUACCUUUAUUUUUGCUUCAGAUGGCUUUUAAUCAGAUUUAAAAGGGAAUUUAGUUUUCUAGAUAUUCUUCGAUUAUGGGAGGUAAUGUGGACUGAAUUACCAUGUAAAAAUUUCCAUCUUCUUCUCUGUUGUGCUAUUCUGGAAUCAGAAAAGCAGCAAAUAAUGGAAAAACAUUAUGGCUUUAAUGAAAUUCUUAAGCAUAUCAAUGAAUUGUCCAUGAAAAUUGAUGUGGAAGGUGUACUAUGCAAGGCAGAAGCAAUUUCUCUACAGAUGGUAAAGUGCAAGGAAUUGCCACAAGCAGUUUGUGAGAUCCUGGGGCUUCAGGACAGUGAAGUUGCAACCCCAGAUUCAGACACUGGUGAAGAUGAAAACGUUGGCAUAACAAGUCGUCCUGCAUCUGCAUUUCAGAGUGAUUCCUUGCCUGUACUUGCUGCCAGUGGAGCCAGAGAUGACAACCCGACACAAGUAUCAGUGUCCCCAAAUGUCAGCAGAUUAACACCUGCAUGAUCGUUCUUGCUUAAUUUUUGAAGAGACACUUUGUUGCAACUUUUUUUCAAGUACUUGAAAGGUGGAAAUUUAAAAUCUUGGUGUUGAUCAUGCUUUAAGGUUUAUGGAAAGAAAGUGUACUGAUGUUCUUGCAUUAAAGCUUUACAAAGAUUUAAACUAAUUAUUUUUGUAGUUCUUCUACCAAAUAGCCUUUUUUCCCCCAAUAACAUUCCUUAGUAUUUUUAUAGCCAAGUACAUAUUAUUUUCUUGCUGAUGAACUGGAAUUGGGUAAAUGUUACAAGUGGAUGAGAUGGAAAUUAUGCACUUUGAAGAACAUUCACUUUAUUUACUCCAAGUUUAGUGGGUUUUGGAUUUGAUUAAAUUAAAGUUUGAGGCUUUCUGUAGCAUUCUAAGCUGAGAAGUAGAUUGUUACCCAGUGACGAAAUUCUUUUGUUUUUCUCUAUUGUUUACAACAAUACUCAGCUUAAAUAUUUAUGCUAUUGAAUGUGAUUUAAAUUGGACAUUUUCAUCAAUGCAAUUUAAUGUGUAGAUAAAGAACUAUUUCAACCAUAAUAAGUGGAUUGGCAGUAUAUUUUUUACAUUGAACUUUUCUUCACCUGUAUAUAAAGACUAUGUAAGUACCUAUUUAUGAGUAUAAGAAAGGGUAAGCAUAUUUUCUUUUACUGAAUAAACUUGACUAUUGAUUUCUAUAACCAGAUUUGACAAAGUUAAUACAUAGCUUCAAUAUGAGAUCUUUUUCAAAACUAUUUUCUUAACCAAACAUUUAUUUCAUGAGACCACAUUCAGCCCUAUACCUGGUGUAAUUUUAAAAUUAAUUGCUUGUAACCUCACUUUACUGAUAAUGUUUAUUAUCUUUCCUAAUAAUGCAUUAACUGAUUAAUCAGGUCUUUAAAUUUUUAUAAAAUACUCUUUGCAUAAAGCUUAUGUCAAAAAUUUCAGUGUACUAUCAUGAAUCUCAAAAUAAUACUUUUUUGUAUAUGAACAAAGCUCUUGUUUUUACUAUGCAGUGUUGCAUGAUUUUAAGUUACUUGGAAUUAACAUAACUGAUUCUGUUUUCAUUGUAAUUUAACUCAUGUACAUAUCAUUAAAAUAAAUUUGAAGUCAAAGUAGUGUUUUCAGUUAAAUUACACUUAGAAAUAUUCUGCUAGUUCUUCAUAAGGAGAAAAAAAUCCAAGAUGGACCCAAUACAUCUCAUAUUUUUAUGUGAUUGAAACAAUCAUUUGAAUGAGUUGUGAAAAUGAGAAGAAACAUGACCCCUUUUAUAACUGAAAAAAAAUUUUCAUCAGGAUGAAAUUGGGCUGUGUAGCCUUGGAGGAUAUAAUUAUCUGACUCAGUAAAGCAACUGCCUACAAUUGAUGCUAAUAAUGUAAAAUAAAAGUUACAUAGUUCUAAAUCAGUCUAGUAGAUAGAUUUUUUUUUUCCCCUUAGAAAACUAGGGAACCGAAUGAACAUUUUUUCUCCUUGAGCAUUACUGACAAUCAUGACAGUAGAACCAUUCGAUUUUAGUUUCUAAUAUCAUAUGUAUGUUAUCUUUCAUCAGUUAAUAAAAGUAAGCCUAUUCAGGAAAAAAAAAGUAAACUGAUCAAAAACUCGGAAUCUCUAGCCUUUCAUUUCCUGUUGUUCAGGAAAUUGCUUAGAAUAUCUUGAUGUCCUUCUUGUUCUUCCUGGACAGGGAGUUUUGGGGAGUUUUUUCGUACUACAUAAUGUGAUAUCUAUUUCAGAGUUUUAAAAGUCUUAAUACAUUUAGUAAGUUGAACUUUUAUCAAGUUUUAUUAAAACUACUUGUUAAAACAUUGAAUUUCUGUCUAGCACAUUUUUGAUAUGGGAAUGAUAAUAAUAUAGUGCUAGAUAAAAUCUUUGAGUCCACAAAAUCCAGUUAACAAAUACUAUGUAAACUUGAGCUAUUGAGAUUGCUAAAAUAGAUAGAUCAGGUAAAUGCAUUAGUCUAACUUUUUAAAGAUUUAUUUCAGUUUUCACAAGAUGCUCUCUGUCCAUACCCUGAUAACAUGUAAAAUAUUAUGUGCUAUAUUAGGUGAUAUUUAAAGUUGUUAAAAUUCAAGUAAUUUCUAAUUUAAUUGUAAAAAGUAUUUUCAAUUCUGAUAUGAGUCUAUGGGAAACCUUUUUGCAUGUAAGAACAUCUCUAUUUUGAUUGUUUCAAUGUGUCUAGGAUUCUUCAUCUCUUUAUAUGUUAGGAAUUUUAGUCUCAGUGAUGUCUAAAGCUUUGUUGAGUAAGGAAAACAGCCUUUUGGGGAUAGAAAGUGAGUGAUUCUUGCUGAACCUGACAUUUCCAAGGGUUUUUAUAGAUGCCAACUAAUUCUUAUGGAAAAUGCAUAUGAUUAUGCCAUUAUUAAAGAUAGUUUGUGUAAAGUAAUCCAAAAUGUUUAUUGAAGAACCUAGAAUGUCAUUUGACUUGUGUGCAACUAUGUAACAAGGUAAUGUCAUUCUAGCGUGAAUUGCUUUACUUGGGGUUUUCAGUAGAUGUGUGAACUUCUUACUGUAUUUGAAGUCUUGUGUGCAUAUAUGCAUAUUUUGGGGAAGAGGUCACAUGGUUUCUCGAAAGUUUCUCUGAUUUUCCCCAGAAGUUGAGAACCAUUGUUAUAAAUUAUUUAACUUGAGAAGAAUAACAUAGUUUAGGACUCAUGCUAAUAAGUUUAUGUGCUGAACCUCAAUUAAAAUAUCUUCAAAGUGCUCA